AUGCCGCCCUUCAUGUUGCUGCCUUACCACCCGUUCCCCAAACAGCCAGUCACCACGACGUUGGCUAACGAGCCUUCCUCCUCUGCUGAUGAUACCGGUGCGACCCCCGAGAUCCAUCCCCAAAGCGGAUUCCUUCAUAGGAGCUUCUCGUUGUCUACUAUCCCCGAGCUCGACUCUGCGUCCUCCUCUGUUUGCUCUUCGGCUCCAUCCCCCGAGCUUCUUACCCCCCAAGAAACACCAGAAGCCAGUGUCUAUGCUAAGCAGGCCGCCCACGAGCGAGGUCUGGGCUGGCUGUCGUCUUUGCUCGGCCUCAAGAAGUCGACGGCCAGUGCCACAAAAGUCAGCACUUCUGCGGCUCGUGUCACCAUCGAGAACCUCCCAUCUGUGAAGACGACCCACUCGUUCACUACCAGUCGUUCAGCCCAGCACGGUGAGGCCGACACCAUCCCUUGCUGCUUGGAAGCUCCAAUUUCCCACUCUGAUGUUUCAACAUUGGAUCUGGAUGCGCUCAGUAGCGUCAGCAGUGAUUCUGAUGACUCUUCUGAUGAGUCUUCUACAUGGUCUGCCAUCAUCCCGCGAGAAGUCUAUUAUGCCAAGACUUGGAUUGCCGGUACUCGAUGUGAGGCGAAAGCGCAACAACAAUAUGCGUUGAAAGACGGGAGUCUGGGCCUACUUCGGGCAGAGACUGAGAAUGAGAAGGUUGAACGAAUGGACGAGUGGUUUUCAAAAUCUGACUUGACUGUCGGCGGGACGCACAGGCUGAUCAAGCAUCUCAUGUGUCACUCGUCACCGACCACUCAUGUCGAGAAACGUACCUGCAAAGCCGAGAAGCAGCCUAUCAAGCGACAAAAGUCCACCAUCGCUCUCCGUCAGAUCUUGUCUCAGAUUGAUCUUCAAGCUUUGCAGGCGUCUUGGAACGAGGAUGACGCAUGGAGCGGUGAUGCUUGGACUUAUUAG